CAGUUCUUGCUUCUCCGCCGCCGCGUCUGUCAGACAACACGUCCGUCCGACACCCGACGACCGCCGCACCGAUUUCACCGACGUACCGUUUGGUCGUCCAUUGCAUUAAUAUURUUAUUAUUAUAAUAAAAAGUAAUUUUUGAUUUUGGCAUUUAUUUUUUCGGAUUAAUAUUAUAAUUGAGUGUAAUUCGGUCGUUUUUUUUUAUAUAUAUAUUUUUUUUUGUUUUUUUUUUUUUUAUUAAUUUUUACUACCGCCUGCAUACUACAUUGCAUCUGCCGUAGUCGUCGUCAAAAGUGUAUUCCUAAAAUAUAUCACUCCGCCCGGGCAAAACGAUUUAUCAAUAUGAAUCUGUUGCGGUGGUAUACGUGCCGCCGACCCGCUCUUUACGCACCUUACCGGCGCGGCUGACAGUUACACUCGUGGAUGCCACACUCACGGACGUAACGGUUGAUUUUCUUUGCUGAUAAAAAUUUUUUUUUUGCGAUUUUGUUCGUCCCCGUCGUGAAAAAACGUAUUUUUGUCGCCACCGUUACUCUAAGCCGUGACCUAGCCACCGCCGCCAAGUCAAAAUGCCGAAGAUAUUCCUCAUCAAAAACCGAUUGCACCAGCAGCAACAGAAACUGCUAGAAAACCAAAAAGGAAACGCACAUGUUUCCUCCGACCCGCUGGUACAGUCGCUGCAAAACUAUCAUAACGAUCACCAUCACCAUGGCCGAUUACCGUCACCGCCACCACCGUUCAUUAAGCACCACUAUCAGCCCCAUCAUCAUCAGCCUGCGCAGCCACCGCCGCCGCCUGCACCGAUAAGGCAGCAUUUGCCGCCUCCGCCGCCACCUCCGCCACCGCCACCACCGCCGCCGAAGCAGCAGCCGCAGUCCAAAGUCGUCCAGGAGUCACCGGUGCCGAAAACCCCACAAGAGAAAAUUGUCUCCAAGAAAGAUCCACYUAAAGAUGAUGAUGAAGAGAUUGACCGAGUUAAUUGUGUGGAACGAGAAUCACGAAGUAGAGCAGAAUCUCCAAACCACCGAGUUAGUCCRACGGUGUCUAUUGAGGCUCCUACYCCAAUCAUAUGUCCACCGUCCCCUGACUGGAACCCACCGCCAAAAAGACGAUUCAUAUCCACGUCAGAUGGCGAUAAUAUACCAUACGGUAGUAAAGAUAGUUUGCAGGUAACCCAUCGGCWAUGUGAACCAUCCUCUGUCAAAGUCGAAGAGGAAGCUGUGACUAGCCCAGAGCCUGAACCAAAGUUGCCACCUCCACCACCACCACCACCACCACCACCACCACCAAAAUGCCAUCAGGUAUCAGUAAUACAAAGAACACCAGCAGCCGUUAAAUCACCGUCUGUCUGUCCGAAAAGACCAUUAACACAGUCUCCGAGCACUGUCCAAGAACCCGAACAAGAUGCACCGAUCGAUUAUCAUGUGCCUAAAAAGGAAGCAGAUUUAGACUUGGAAAUCGUUCGAGCUAUCAAAAACAAAUUCACUAUUACGUUACGAGGACAGUUGGUUUCAGCGCCAAAUGGUAUUAUCACUGCCGCUGCUGGUCGAGGAAGGAGCAGUGGCGGCCAACAAGGGGGAGGCGGUGGGGGAGGUACAAACGGUGGUAGUACCAACUCUAGUUCAAACCGUGGCUCGUCGUUGCAUUCCUACACACUWGGUGGUGGUGGAGGCGGUGGUCCCGCCGGUCUCUUGGGCAGUGGUGGUGGGGGAGGUGGCAUGGCCCCAGGAGGUGGUGGCAUGAACCCUGGUGGCAACGGCAAACAUUUUGGUGGACCAAACAGUCCUGUUUCGCUGCCACCCUUUCACGAGAGCCUCAUAAAAUCGGGUGGCAAUUGCUACUCUGCUCAGUACAACAAUCAAUAUCAUUUGAUGAUGACCGAACAACUGUGCUUCAACAACGAUACUGGUCAAAAUCCUGUCACUGGUGGUGGUGGUCCUUUCUCCAUAGGAUUGGAAGGUCCACCGAAACAGUAUUCUAUGUUACAAAAUGCCUCGUCGCUAGGCAUGGAUAUUAAAGAGGACGAUUGUGAAGAUCUAUCGAGUUACGUAAAGGAAACAAAUAGUUUCGACACACUGAUGGCUGAUUCUGAAAAUGGCACAUCCAACGAUCCUUUGCAGUUUACUGCUACUCUUACUUUCGCGGGUCCUACAGACCCCGACUUCUUGGACAGCCUUAACGACGCCGCUGAACUGUUCUUCAAAGAGCCCCAAGAGUGCAUUCCUCCUUCACUGGUCGAACAACCUCUGCAUAUGUUUAAUGAACAUAGAAACGGGUUUUCCGAGUCACAAUUAGAGAAGCGCAAUUAUCUACAGCAGGUGAACAACAACAAUAAUGGACAGCCAGUAGCAUGCAGAAAUAACUAUGGAAGUUAUGAUAUAUCAAAAGACAGAUUAUCACAAAGCAGUUUCGAAGACUCCAACCAACAACUGCAACAGUUACAAAUACAAGUGCAAUUACAACAACCUCAAAACGUAGACGCAUGUGGACAAAUGAUGUUAUCACCGGGUUUGUCGUCGCUAGAGAUGGACUCAAACACGAGCAUGUCGGCUCCAUCACCUGCCAGCGUUAGUAUGGAUGGUACAAUGUCUUCACUUACGCCACCGCCUCAAAAUGGCAAAGAUUCCAGUAACUCCGCUUUGGAUGUCAGAGUACUACAACAUAGGGUGAGAAAGACCACCCCACCCGUAGGGAAAUCAAAAUAUUCUUCUUUCUCCAGUAAAUCAAUGGCAAAACUCGGCCUUCCUAAUGACUUGCCAUUCGAGUUUGUCAACGGUGGUCAUGGCAUCAAGAACCCAUUAGCCAAUCACGACACUCUACCCCCGCCACCCCCAUCAAUUCUAAUUAGAACACCAGAGCCAGAUAGAAGCAAUACUUCAGUACCUCCUGCAACUAUCGUAUCAGUAAAUAAUACUCCCGAACCAGCCGAAACAACCAAAAACGGUUCAAAGUUCUGUUGUAACCUGUGUUCUAAAACAUUCAACUUACAACGUUUGUUGAACAGACACAUGAAAUGUCACAGUGAUGUCAAACGAUACCUAUGUACGUUCUGUGGAAAGGGUUUCAAUGACACGUUUGACUUGAAACGACACACCAGAACACAUACUGGUGUCCGGCCUUACAAGUGUAAUCUGUGUGAGAAAUCGUUUACUCAACGUUGUUCACUUGAAUCUCACUGCUUGAAAGUGCAUGGUGUACAUCAUCAGUAUGCUUACAAAGAGAGAAGGACAAAGAUGUACGUUUGCGAAGAAUGUGGACAUACCACCAAUGAACCUGAAGUGCACUACAUUCAUCUCAAAGAGAAACACCCAUACAGUCCGGCACUACUCAAAUUCUAUGACAAGAGACACUUCAAGUUCACAAACUCAAACUUUGCCAACAUGUUGCUUCAAGUACGCACCUAAUAUUGGGCUGAUUGCAAUCAUAUUGCUAGACUGACCAAAAUGUUAAUCUAUUUUAACAAAAUAGUUUUAAUUACUUACACUACGUAGAACUUAUUUUUUUAAUAACAAUUUAUGCUGUAUUGUGGUUUGACUUUCAAAGAAAGUAAGAAAUAAUUUGGAGUAGAAAAUACGACAAAAUAUCCAUGCUUAAAUAUCUCUUACCAUUUUGUAACGACUCAAUUAUAAAAUCUUUAUGUAUAACAAUUUUAAACCUAUUUUAUGAAUUCGACUCUUUAUAGUAUUUUAGGUGYCGUAGUAAGCCUUUUAGUUAUUAUUAUAGUUGGCCAAUAUUUAAUGUAUGGCUCGUAGCACAGAAAUCUUUGAAAAUCCGCACUAAUUUUAUGUCAGGGUCUCUGAAMUUUUUUUCGAUUUUACCUCAUCUUGGUGAAUAUGGGUUUUGUAGAUAAACCUAUAGACAGUGGUUGAAUUGGGGGAGGACGCAGGGGGAYUGAGCUACUCUUCAUUUUUCUUCAAAUUAUAGCGUACCCCUUUAUUAUAUUCAUCAAGGAAUAUAGGGUUACUAUUAAAAUAAUUUGCUUAAUUGUUCAACUUCAUUUAGAGUCCACCUUUAUUUUUUUUCCAAUUCAACCACUGCCUAUAGACAUGUAUUGAAUGUAUUUAAUUUAUAAAAAAAAUUWGAAAAUAAUAACAAUAUUAGAAGUACCGCUUGUACAACUAUACUGUUGAUUAUUAUACAAUUGAAUGUACUUUAUGUAACGGUUCAAAUCCGUAAUAAAAUAUAAUCUUAAGGUACAAUAUUAUCAUUGUUAAAUUAUUCCUUUACAAUUAUAAGUAGAAACUUUUGGGUAUCUUAUAAACCAAAUCCACAUGAUCGUUAAUUUCGACUACUAUUUUACCAGUAGACUGAGAUAAUAUUGUUAGUGCUGAUUUUCAAAACACACAAUUUAAUAUUUAAUAUUUUUCCUUAUAAAAUUGUUUUGUUUUAUGAAAAGGGGAGAAAAAUAUUGGCCUAAAGUUUAACCUUACUACAUUUUUUAUGUGAAUUAUAUUUAUCGGUAUUAAAGACAUCUCUUCGAUUAUGUUACAAAAGCAUAACAAAUAUUUCUGUAGUAAGGAAUAGAAAAUCUAAUAGUUCAUUGUUACGCGUGAUUCAAUUACAAAUAUGGGAAAAUUAAAUUGUAUUUAAGGAUUUGUUUCUAAAUUUUAAUCUGUACCAAUGUACACAAACAAUUUAAAUUAAUUAAAAUUAAUUUUUGAGGUUUUUAAACGAAUUCUAUCAAUAAUAAUAAUUUACUUAUGGUCGUUGCAAUCACUUCGCUUUAACAACUGUAUGCUUUAUAGUAUUUUUAAGCAGUGCAAAACGUAGAUAGUGUAAUCAUUUGAAAAAUUUACUAACCAGCUAUUGAAUAUAUCAUAAAAAUAUAUAAUAUAAGUGCAUGGACGGAUAUUUGGUUGCAUUGUGGAUGGCUUGAAAUGUAUACUUAACAUAGAACCACGGASAAGUUAUAGUUAUUGAAUUUUAUGAGUUUCUUACUUUAUGACUAUAUUAACUAAAUUUAAAUACCAUUUCUAUCUGGGUACAGAUUUAAAAAUUUGAAAUUGUAAAAUGAUUGGCUACAUGUAUUUCUAUUAAAAGGAUUACUAAUAAUAUAAUUUUAGAACCUAUCUACUUAUUAGGUGUUGAAUAAUAUAUUUUUCAAAAUUAUAAUACAUUUAAUAGCGAUAUUAAYAAUUGUCAAUUAUAAUUACAUUUCAAAUGUGUGAAUGUUAUCAAGAUGUAUUAAGUAUUUAUCAUCUAUAUAAGAAAUGACACUACAAAGAGGGGGGGGGUGGUAGCAAAACCUUUCUUAACCAUUACAUACAUAUCAUCUGGAGACCUUUUAGUCUGAUCUUGCUCUGAUCAUCAGCCGAUGUUACUGAAGUUUCAAUAAAGCAUAACGAAAAAUGGGUCAACCCGUAAAACAGACUUUUAUAGGUGUAUAUGUUUUGGUUUACGCACCGUAAACGAUAUCUGACGUAUAUCAUUGAAUAACUAAAUAAGUAUACGCUUUUGCAUGAGAAUAUUAUCACAUAUUAUUCAAUAAAACUUAAUGUUAUAAGUUUGUAUAUUAUAGUGUCAUCUCCUUGAUGCUGUGUUAAGUUAAUAAAACACCGGUCAGGACAGAUAUAUAUUUGUUCACCGACCUUAAGGAUCUUCGCCAAAAUUCAACUUACCCCAUUUAAGCAUUUAAGCUAUUACACCAAAUGACACACCUAUCUAGUAAUAAAUUAUAUAGUUUUUCAUUCGACGUUAUGUCUACUGACAAAAUAAAAGGUACAAAAAAUGUUCUGAAAAAUUGAAAUCCACAAAACAUUUAAUACUUAGGCCACUAAAACUAUACUAGGGGGUUAUAUUAUGCAUAUAUAUAUAUUACACUCAAAUAUCUGAUUUAAGUUUGUAGURWUCUAAGUUUUAUGUUCUGAAUACAUUUUAUGCGUUCCACUAAAACAUUUCGAUGGCAAUAUACCUUAGAGAUCGGUUUAAUCUGCGAGGACUUGGUUACAAUUUAUAAGUUUCUGCAUAAUUCGUCGAUUUCGCUAAGAGUGUUUGGAAAAAAAGAAUUCAAAUCAUUUAAUUAUAAUAUUUUGACAAAGCCACGGUAAAACCUCAUUAAUGACAUAAUAUUUUGUUCGUAUAAGUCAUAUUUUCGAAUUAGUAGUCGUGACAUUCGCUCCAUCUGUGAUUUAUUUUAUUUAUUCAAAAAGCAUUUCAAAGAGAUAGUUUAAACUUAAUACGGAUAGAGAUAUUAGUAUCGGUGAUAUUUUGAUUUUGAAAAACGUGAUGGAACUCACGUCUGGUCCUUUUAAAUAUUUAUCGGAAGUGUAGGUAUUGAAAGUCAUUUGAAUGAGAGUAUAAAUAUAUGUAAAUCAGACAUGACAUUUCGUUCAGUCGUUCAGCCGUUGAUGUUGUUGUUUUUAAUAGAAAUGUUAAUAUUAUAAUAUUAUAAUAUUACAAUAUAACAUUGUGUUGUUUGGAUUUUGUAAAUAAUCAUUACUAUAUUGUUAAAUGUAUAGUUUUAAUUUUAGAUUUAAGUAGUAUUAGACACACUCACACAUGCGCACUCACACAUUUAUAAAYAAUAUACACGUUUACUAUGUAUAUUGUGCUUAGUUUAUAAUGAUAGUUUUAAGUAAUUAAUAGGUACAAAGGUGAAACGAAUCAAUAAAGUGAUUUGUAUUAUUAUUUAUUAACAGUAAUUAUUAUGAUGGUUCAUAUAAGGUACCUAUACCUAUAUUUAUGUAAUUA